AUGGCAACUACAGCGUCAACAACAGCAUCAGUUGGUAAUAUCAAUAGAGGAGCAACCACCACUACGACAAAUGGUGGUGGCGGUGGAGGUGAAUGGAUUGAGAUCAACAAGACAUGUAUCGUUAUGUUUCCUUUCAAUGCAUCGCAUAAAUUCCAACUGCCGCUCUCGGUGGGUGAUCUCGUACAGAUUCACGCACAGACAUCGGGUGACUCUGAACAAGGUUGGUUCAGUGGUGUCUCACUGACCACCCAAGAGAGUGGUAUCUUUCCACAAUCCUAUGUUGUAUUACUACCGGAGAAUAUCAAUGAUAUCACAAUGCCACAUCAUGUACCAAUAUCAUCGAGAUUAAAUAUUACAAAUCAAUCAUUAAAUAAUUGUGCAUUACUAAAUGAAAUUACGAGUACAAUUGUUGAAUGGGCAACUCUAUUAAAGAUAUUCUCACAAAACAAACAAUACAAUGAUUUCAAAGUGUUGACAACAAAAAUAACACAAUUGGUUCAAUUUAGAAAUCAACUAUUAAAUUUACCAUCUCAAAAAGAAUUAACAUUUGAAUUAAGAGAUAAAAUAUUAAAUUCAAUCGAUGAAGGCAGACAGGAAACAGGUAUGACAAUAGUACUUAGAAAGGAAGUUCAAAAUCAAUAUUCUGUUGCCACUUCAAAUCCAAGAAACUCCCAAAUAGCAAUGGCUGCAACUGAUUUGAUUUUAGCUGAUGCUGAAAAUUCCGGUGUUUUUACACUUUGUACAAUGUAUCAAGAAAAGAAAUUAUUAUUAAACAAUGAAAUAAUGUCAUUAAAAACAUUGGAUAGUGCGAGAAAAGAUGAUUCAUCACUAAAUUUAGCCUCGAUGGCACAGAUCAAUAAUGGUGGACUUAAUGGUUCGAACCAUGCAUCUCCCAAUUCUAUUUCACCAAGUACCAGUGGUACCAGUAUUAGUUUAUUAAAUGGAUCGACAGGAUUUCAAAAACAACAACAACAACAACAACAACUACAACAGGAACAUCCAGUUUUACAAUCUUCACAUUCUUCGCUCUCACUGUCACUCAGUAGCAAUAGCAGCAGCGGCAGUAACAGUAGUGUAAGUAGCAGCGGUAGCAGCGGCAUCAGCAGUAGUGGAAGCAGUAGUAAUCUUGCCAUCAAUGCAUCGCCCAAUUCGAUUUCACAACAAUUACAACAACAACAACAGCAACAGCAACAACCAAUUUCUUCACAGGCAUCACUAUCUUCACUUUCUUUAUCUUCUGCAUCGGCAAUGUCAAAUAAUAAUAACAAUAGCAGUAGCGCAUCUUCUUCAAAUUCCUCUGGUACUGUCAAGUCUAAACCAAUGAAUUUCCUGAGUAGUGUGCGUUUGAAGGGAAAGUCACAGUCGGUAGCAUCGUCGCUGGGCAGCAGCGGUGGAAUGCCGCCAUUGUCAUCACAGCAAUCGUCUUCCAACUUGAUGCCAAACGGUCAACAGAUGUCGUCUUCACCAUCGGGGUCGACAUCAUCGCUGGCCAAUUCAUUUAUUUCUGUAACAUCUUCUAGUCCUUCUUCACUGGCGUCGUCACCCUCGAAUGGCAGUCCGCAAGUAUCAUCACUCAACUUGAAUUCUCCGCUUCUCACCAAUGGAACCGCACGUAGAAACACACCAACCUCACUUUUGAAAUCACAUCUGUCGUCGUCCACCAAUCUCCUCGCGAAAACACCGAGAAGCGGUGGUUCCUUCCUUCAAAAUGGAUCAUCAUCUUCAUCGUCGUCACUCUCGUCUGCAUCACUGGAAUACUCAUCGAAAUCCUAUUCACAACUGCUGUUUUCACUCAAUAACUUUUUGUAUUCGUCUGGCGAGUACUUGGAGCUGAUCAUCAGCAUCUACAGCAAGAAUGAAAACAAGUUUAUCACUGAGAACUACUGUGGAAUCGUCCCUCCCAGUGGAAUAUUUGUAGAGCCAGAGAAUCCAAACGAAAAGAUCAGAACGAUCUUUAAGGAUUUGGAGUCGAAAGACGUUCAAUCCGAGCUGUAUUUGGUUGCCAAAAUCUAUAGGAGAACCGGAAGCAUCUCAUCGAAGGAUCCAAACUCAUCGCCCACUCUAACGCGUUCCAAUGCAUCGAUGGUUCCGACCUCUUCCACCAUGAACAGUUCGUCGUUCCUCAACUCGCCAACCACCUCCAAACAAUUCAAGAAAUACAUUGGUUGCGGUGUCAAAAAGAUUGAUUUCAACACCGACAUCUCCUCAGAGAUAUUGAUCUCGCUAUUCACCACUCCCAAUGAAUCGACCUCGUCACAACUGCACGAACACAUCAUCAACGAAACCAGCGGUAGUUAUGAACCGAUCACUCGUGCCAAAGGUAUUGUCUGUACUAUUCAACCGUUCCACGGUGAAUACACGCAGUUUCUCAGUGAGAAUGCCGAUCUUCGUAAUGUUUCGACAUCGUUGAAGAUGCAGCUGCCAGAGGUUAUCGUGCCUGGCUACGACCGUAACGAUAUGUACAUUCAGAUCGAGGAGGGUGAGUUCUCUGAGAAGAACAUCGAGGUUGCAAUGCUGGUGCGUUCCGACAACGGUGUGGUAAUGACCGACUCUAUAAAGUAUGCAAAUGGACAGCCUGAACUCUCAGAGUAUCGCACUAGCAUUCAAUCUACAAGCAGUACCUGUCGGUUCAAUGAAACUGUCAAAGUUUGGAUGGCAGCCAAGACAUUCUCGUCGGCGCAUCUCUUCUUCUUGGUGCGUGCUUGCUCCGAGAAGAAAGAUCGUGAGCGUCAAACUCUUGCAUUCGGUUAUCUCAGAUUCAUCGGUGACGACGGUUCCGUUAUCAAAGACGGUAGUCACACAAUCAAUUUGUAUCGUACCAACAGCGACGACGUGGCAAUCUCAUCGUACAUCAACGGAGUGGUCGACACCAGUGCCGGUGGAAAAUCAUCGUCCAAGAAGUACGAUCAACUCAAGAUUAAAACAACGUUUGUAUCGACGUGUCUCACUCAGAAUCACUUGGUAGUGAACCUCUCCAAGUGGCAAUCGUUCCAAGGCGAUCUUAGCUCGCUCAUCAAAGACAUAACGUUCCUCGGACAACAAGAGUUGAUACGUAAUCUCCAAGAGAUUUUCUACAACUUUUUGGCGAUUCUCGAUCAGCAGUUGAACGACUCGCCAUUGUCGAUGGAGAUAUUCCGAUCGUUUAUCUUUAUCAUUGGUGUGCUCGUCGACAGCAGAACUACCAACUAUCGUCCCGCUCUCGAUGUCUACAUCUCCAAGUUCUUUGGUGUGCCACUGAACGUAGCGAUGCCAGCAGUCGGUAUCUCUGCACACUCACAUCUGUUGCGUUCCGUCGUAAAGAAUCUCGAGAACUUCCAAGAUCCUUCGAAUGCAUCGAAAAUCAGUUCUUCACUCAAGGCACUCGAGUAUAUCUUUAAGAUGGUGGUAGCAUCACGUACCCGUUUCCCAAAUAAAGUGGAUGUCGUCGCAGCCAACGAGAACUAUCAGAACAACUUGAAGAAUGUAGUCGAUACACUCUGUGAGAUUAUGAUUUCCAACUCGCCCUCGUUGAUCGGUGCACAAACGAUUGCCCUGAAGAAUUUCGAAGGAAUGUUUUCCGACUUGAAAAAGUUCUUCACCGUUGAGGAAAUGGGUAUCAUUGCCCUGAAAUUCAUCAAAUCCAUUCAGCAUCUCGAGAAGAACAAGACCUUUAAUAUGCUAAAGCUAAAGUUACUCUCUUCCUACUUGCACGGAGAGUUGAUGCUCAACAAGGAGACACGUAAACAACUGCACCCGAUCGUAUUCCAGCUGCUACAAUUCCACUUUGGCAAAUCGAUUGAAGAGACCGAUAUGUGUCUGACUAUUCUCGGCUUGAUACUGGAUAUGAUGAUUACCAAACAGGAGUUGCGUGGAAAGGACAAGGAUGCAUGGCUGAUGGAUAUGAUGUCUUUCUUUGUUCAGAUACUCGAGUUGCUACAGUUGAUCAAUGCCAACAUCGCUUCGAUGUCAGCCGCCAACGUUUCACUUGGAUUCGGAUACAAUAUGAACAAACGUCGUAGUUCCAGUUCGGUGUCGCUCAACGGCGCAACGGCAUCGGUAUCACUCGCCACCAUGAUAUCGUCGCUCAGCGAGGAGAAUCAAUAUGACUUGCGUCUAAAGAUCUACGCAUUCAUUUUGGGUACUGCCAGACUGGCUGGCAUUCAGAAUUGGGAGAUGUUUAGCAAAUCGGUGACAUCGAAAACCUUCUUUGUCGAUCUCUACGACAAUUUGGCACAUCUCUUUGAUACACCGAAAUUCCCAAGCGAUUUCUGGACAUUCACAGUGUUCAAAUUGAAAACCAUUUUGAGAAUGACCAGAAUUCUCGAGGAUGUAACAUUCUAUGUCAAUCCAACCAAGCUGACCACAGGUGCCAACUCUGCCGACUCCAACGGCAGUCCACCAUCCGGCUCGAUCAACUCCAAGACUCUGAAUCAAUUCGACUUCCAGUUGUGGAGAUCGUUCUUCCUGAUGACCAGUUCCUACUUGAAUUGUAAGGAUCUCCAGUUUGAAUCGGUGAAUCCCGCCAAAGCUGUGUUCUUGAAAUCUCGUUGUGGAGAUGUACGUAUUGAGAUGGCGCGUGUCUUUGAACGUGUCUGGGGAACGGUUCCUCUGAAGGAGCGUGCCUCUUUUAUCCCGGUGCUGAUCGACCCAAUCAUUAAGCUGUUGAUUAGCGACACUAUCGAUGCCAAGCGUGUCGCGACAAAGAUCUUUUACGACAUGUUGGAGGGUGAGAUCUCCUUGACCGGUGCCUACAGUGAGUUGAUGACACGCACAGUAGAUUCACUUCUGGAGUGCGGAACAUCGAUUAGCGAUGGAAUGACAUGGCCAGUUGUCAGCCGAGGUGUCGAUGCCAAACUACCGUUCACCCAACGUACUUUUGCCACUUUUUUCAACAACCAGUGUAUGCAGUUGGUGUUGAGCAAAUCGAUCGACUCUGUCAAGAAACAAGCCGAGCAAUUCAUCCACGACAUCUCUCAUUUCGUGUUGUUGCUCACCACCUUUAUCACCGAUGUCAAGAAUAUGGACGAAGAAGAGAUAUUCUCAUCAGUCAGCAAAUUGAUUCUCUACUUCCAAGAGCACAAACGUACCAAUCACUACAUCCGAUUCCUUCAGAUGUGUAAUAAGCGUCACCAUGCCAACGAGAUUUUGGCUUGUUACAACAAAGGAAAAGCAUGGGAUAGAGCGAUUCCAUUACUCAAAGAACUUACUCAUCAUGUCAGUGUGAACAUUUGUGAUAUGGCAUCCUGCGCAACUUAUUUACGACAACAUAGUACAUUUGUUCAGAAAUUAAAUGAUUCCGAUGCAGUUUUCGAAGAAUACUUUAGAGUUGGUUAUUAUGGUAAGAAAUUCCCAAGUAAUCUUCAAAACAAAGAGUUCAUCUACAAGGGUAAUGAAUUCGAAAGACUCUCUGACUUUAUUGCUAAGACCUGUGAGAAGUGGCCAAAGGCAGAGUUGCUCAAGAGUACAGAAACACCAAGCCAAUCGAUUAUGGACUCUGAUGCUCAGUACCUUUUGAUUACUACGGUCAAUGUCUCCAGUAUGAAUGAGAUUCACAAGAGACACAGUCUCAAUAUGAUCGAUAACUACGGAUCAUCCACCUCCAACAAGAAACGUGUACCACUGCGUGUGCAACAACUCAACGCCAGAAACCGAGUAAAUGUAUUCCUCUACUCCAAACCGUUCCGUAAGCCAGGUCACACCAAAUCGAGCAGCGACAAUGAAUUUGAGAAUCUCUGGCUCAUGAACAUCUAUUUGGUGUGCGAGACACACUUCCCAAGCACCGAGCGUCGUUCGCGAGUCAUUGACAGACACCAGUACGAGGUAUCUCCCAUCGAAAAUGCACUCAACAGUGUUGUACAAAAGAACGAAGAGCUGUUGGCACGUAUCGACAAGUAUUCACAACCACCUACCAACGGCCAACCAGACAACAUCAACCCACUCACAAUGACCCUCAACGGUAUUAUCGAUGCCUCUGUCAACGGAGGAAUCGCUCGUUACGAACACUUUUUAACCAACCAGUAUCUACAACAACAUCCGGAUAACAAACACUUUGUCGACUACCUCAAAGUGGCUAUGGAUCAACAGUUGAUCGUAUUGGAGCAGGCUUUGAAGCUUCACGGUCAACUCAGACCACCUGAAAUGGCUGCAUUACAGGAAAAACUUGAACUUAUAUUUAAUACUAUGAAAUCUGAAAGAUCUCAAAGUUAUGUACAAUAA